AUCAAUAAUUCUGUAAUCACUUGAACCCCCAAGGUGAAAAAGGACGGAAGUAACCGUCGACAGCCGACGACCUGUCGCACUCCCAGUGAAUUCACUUUCCGAAUCAACUCCGCUCCGCUGAAACUGCGGCUCUACGACAAUCGUGGACACCACUCACAGCCUCACACUCCUCUCUUUCAACGACACACAAAAAGCGGGAAUUCAAAUAAUUUUCAAAUCUAAGUCUUCUCUUAAAUUCAAAAAAUAGAUGAGAAAAAUGGCCCUAGAUCAAAACGAAUGCCCCUACACUUUUCAAAGAAUAUUUAUAUGCAGAAGCAGGAGGAAGAGAAGGAAUUUGAUCUGGGUUCUGACGAUACCGACGCCCCUUUGCCCCUAACUGUCACUUCAAGGGUAUUGUAUAUGUUGGGGGAUAUAACGUCGGGGCCUGCUUAUAGGUUCGUGCAAUGGCUGGAGUUGGUCCGUAAACGCAGCAAACACAGGUCCUCAGGAUUCCCACACCCCCUUCACCGCAAGGAGAGUAUGUUUCUGAGUGCAGGAAAGUCAAAUCUUGACUUGAAGAGUUCCCAACCUUCUGAGCAAGCUACAGAAAUCAGCUUGUGGGAAAGACUUGGUAAAGUGUCAAUGUUGGAUAUUGAAUCGAGCUGCUUCUCCUGGAACAUGCUUUCUUCCCUUCACCAUACUGAGCACAGCAGCAGCACUGAGCAGUCUGAAGAUGAGAUGAAUAAAGCAUUGGAGGUCACUGUAAAUUCCGGGGGUGUUGUUUUCUUUGCACUUUUCAACCAAUCUGAAAAUGAUGAAUCUUCUCCCAAGGAAGCUGCGGCUGUGAUAAAGUUCUCAUCAUCGAGGAUGGCCACCCAGUCAGAACGACUUGGCUAUGAAUUCGCGAAGUGGCUAGGUGUCCAAACCCCACAAGCUAGAGUAAUUCACAGUACAAGUGCAGAGUGGCUGCAAAUCAAAGAGGCUGCAGAAAAAGCAAAAGCAGUAGCAAUUGCAGAAGGAGAUGAAAUUAGUGAAACGACAUGUGCAGAACUUCUAGAAGCUCUUGAGCUCAGUCGCUGCCUUUUACUGAUGAAUUAUGUACAUGGGUCUCCUUUAUUAGAAAGCUCAAAUGUUUUUGAUUCACGAGAAGCAGCAGAAAAGAUUGCAUUGGCCCUAGGCAGGGUCUUGAUGUUGGACCUUGUCAUAAGAAAUGAGGAUCGGCUUCCUUGUCGCCACCUCAGGUGGCGUGGGAACUCCGCAAAUUUGCUGUUGGCUGAAAAAGUAGCCACUUCGAACAUUGAUGCACUGGAGUUGGCCUUUGAUUCUGCAAUCAAGAGAUAUAGACCAAAAGUAAUUCGUGCACUUCAGAAAGAAAGAAGAGCAACUUCAGUUGACAGUAGACUAAGCACUCCUAAUCCAGGAUUGGUAUCACAGAGCUCUGAUCUUUCUGAUAUUACAGAAUCUCCUAAAUCUUGCAAUAUGAGCUUAAAGAGUGAAAAUUCAAUUGAAUCAAGGAGUUCUGAUUUGCAUAUUGUGGCAAUAGACUCAGGGGUUCCUCGUAGACCACCAGCAGGGAAACGUGCAAAUGACCAAGCAAAUUAUCCUCGGUUAGUUGAGCUCCUCAUAAACAAUUCAGAGUAUGCAUCACAACUGCUGCAUGAAAUAACUGCCGGAAAAUUAGGAUCCUCGCUAGAGGAUUCUGAUAGAAUACCCAUCUUACCUGGAAGUGAAAUGAGUUCAGUCGUGCAUGAAUUUCGGAGUGGUUUCCGAGCAGCUCUCAGAGACUUGCAGGGAUUUCACAUCUUUCUUCUUACUCUUCAUCAGAAACUGGACAGCCUGUUACGAGCAUUUCUCAGUAUCAUGAAUAAAUCAUCUUGCGGGGAUCCUGACAAAGAUGAUAUAGUGGUUCCUGAAUCUCAAUUGCAGGCUAAAGUUAAUGAGGUGCAUUGCCCUUCACCAAGCAGGGAUUGGAUGAUUGUUGAUAGCAGUUCAGAUUUGAAUGAUUCAGAAUCACAUAGAACGACUCCUAGGCCUUCGUCUUCUGGAUGUAAAGAAAUUUCAGAUUCUUGUUCUCCAAUGUCGCGCGAUAGUUGGCCUGGAAAGUUCAGCAAGGGAAGUGGUGAACCCCUACGUAGCCUGCGAUUGACUUCAAAACUCCGUGACUUCCACAAAUAUGCAAAGGUUUGUGAUAAUCAUUAUAUCUUAAAUGUGUUUGAACAGAACAUUUUGCCACUACAAAUUGCAAACAUUACUAAACGGUAUGUGGUAUCUUAAUGUGUUUAUUUAUAUAGAUAUAUGGACAGCUCAAAUUGAAUAAAAUGAUGUAAAAUUCAGGGUAUUAGCUGCAGCUCGCGAUAAUACUGUGUAAUUUUAUUAGAGUUAUACAGUCUGGCUGAUCCCAGAUAUGAAGGCAUAUUAAAUAAUACAGAAGGUAAAAAAUAAAAAUAAAAGACUGGAUUUAGGUUGUUCUAUCAAUUGACUUAUGUCACGUGUGAGGAAGAGUAAAUAAACUAUAAUCAAGAGAAAUGUGGAAAGUACAAUUAACAGUGUCAUUGUUCUAUUGUUAUUCCGAAGCCCCCAUAGACACGGCUAUCUAAACCUAUGUCGUAAUCUAGGUCUAUGCUAUACAGUAUGCACUACUUACCUGGCACCCUCAACUUGUGUGCAAGAUUAUAACAAUUAUUGGAUAAAAGUUAGUAGAUAUUUAUUUAAGGCCUUGCAUUAAUAUCACUAUACACGUUAUUUUGAAAAACUAAUCACAUGCUAUUACUUUUCUUAUUUUAGCUGGAUAAGGAAAUAUAGAAUGAAAAUUCUUGUGGAAUGAAGUAAGAAUUCGACACAGGAAAAGUUAAAGGUUAUCUAAAUUCUCAGGCGUUGUGAGAAUUUCUUUAAGCUAAAACAGGUAUACGUUGGUGGAACCGUCGUGUAUUUGGCGAUAUCUUUCAACGGGUGUGAGGUUGAGUAUAAGGUGGAUGAGGCAGAGAACGUUGAUUUAGAGCCCACACCUGAUUGUUGAGAGCUUCUACAUCAAGCACAGGCUAGUUUGAACCAGACUAUGUUUAUUAAGGAAGAUUUUAUUUUUUAUUUUUUUUAAAGGAUGGUUUACGUUGGUUGUACGAGGGAAACCAUAACUCAGGAUGUUUUCAUUCAAUAGUUCAGGGAUACAUAUUCUAUCUUAUAUCAGGUCCAUUGGGACUCAAUCAGGGAAAGUACUAUCUACUGAUGAUAUUUAGAGCUCGGCUAUCUCAUUCUCCUAAGACCUAUCAUCUACUUCUUCACAACCUUUGGCUCAUAUUAGACCUGACAUCAUUCUUAUAUUAGUGAUGGAGGCAGAUAUCAUGGAACUUAACCUUUACCUGAUUGAUGAGGUACGAGAAGUAGUUUAUAACAAUGAUGCUGUGGAGAUAAUAUCUUAUUAGCUUAGGCUAUGAUCCUUGCACUUGGGUGUGGGUUUCGGGUAGGAUACGUAUCUAAGCAUUGGAUCUUUUAUUUUUUUAAAUGUAGGAUACUAAAAAAUGGAUAAAUAGAGUCCAAGUUUUGGACACAUGAACGUGGGUACGUCUUUCAUACUUCAAUUUUUCCUAGAAAUUCACCUGUAAAAAGUUAAAUAAUAACAAUUAGGUGGAAAAUUGUUAAAAGAUAGAGCAUGUCACUUAAAACCCAACUAGAAAUUU